AACAGGGGGGGUGAAGAGGAUCGGGUACACGGGGCUGUGGAAGAAAUGUGAAAUGACGGUCAACUGUUUAUUCUUAUUUCAAACUAAACAUAUUUAUCGGUUUGCCCCUGUGUUGUAAUCGGGAGGUAACUAUAUGAGGAGUUGCAAAGACAGCGAUUUUAACUUGGCGACGUAGCUAGCCAGCUACGCAAGGAGAGAAAGGAGGGGGCUGGUGCAAGCUAGCUAGCUAGUUGGCUAGCUAGAUCAGAAAAGGAAAACAAUAUGGCCGCAGUGGAGCUCGAAUGGAUCCCAGAGACACUGUAUAACACUGCUAUUUCUGCGGUGGUGGACAAUUACAGUCGAUCGCGAAGGGAUAUCCGUUCCCUUCCAGAAAAUAUACAGUUUGAUGUGUACUACAAGUUGUACCAACAGGGCCGGCUAUGCCAGCUCGGGGGAGAGUUCUGCGAGCUGGAGGUCUUUGCGAAAGUCCUGCGUGCGUCUGACAAAAGACACCUCCUGCACCACUGUUUCCAGGCCCUCAUGGACCACGGCGUGAAGGUGGCCUCUGUGCUGGCCAGCUCCUUCAGCCGCCGCUGCUCCUACAUCGCCGAGUCGGACGCGCACGUCAAGGAGAAGGCCAUUCAGUUCGGCUUCGUUUUAGGCGGCUUCUUGUCGGACGCGGGCUGGUACGGCGACGCGGAGAAAGUGUUCCUGUCCUGUCUGCAGCUCUGCACACUGCACGACGAGGUCCUGCACUGGUACCGCGCCGUCGAGUGCUGCGUGAGGCUGCUUCACGUCCGCAACGGCAACUGCAAAUACCACCUGGGGGAGGAGACCUUCAAGCUGGCUCAGUCGUACAUGGACAAGCUGGCCAAACAUGGCCACCAGGCCAACAAAGCGGCGCUUUACGGGGAGCUGUGUGCCCUGCUGUUCGCCAAGAGCCACUACGACGAGGCAUACAGAUGGUGUAUAGAGGCCAUGAGGGAGAUUACCGUGGGCUUGCCCGUCAAGGUGGUUGUUGACGUUUUGAGACAGGCGUCUAAGGCCUGCGUGGUGAAACGGGAGUUCCGUAAAGCAGAGCAGUUGAUAAAACAUGCAGUAUUUCUGGCUCGGGAACAUUUUGGACACAAGCACCCCAAGUACUCGGAUACACUUCUAGAUUAUGGGUUCUACCUGCUAAACGUAGAUAACAUCUGUCAGUCCGUCGCUAUUUACCAGACGGCUCUGGACAUUCGGCAGUCGGUGUUCGGAGGGAAGAACAUCCACGUAGCUACAGCACAUGAGGACCUGGCGUACUCCUCUUAUGUCCACCAGUACAGUUCUGGUAAAUUUGACAACGCGCUAUUCCACGCAGAACGUGCCAUAGACAUCAUCACUCACAUUCUACCCGAGGACCACCUCCUGCUCGCCUCAUCCAAAAGGGUGAAAGCCCUCAUCCUGGAGGAGAUCGCCAUCGACUGCCACAACAAAGAAACGGAGGAGAGACUGCUGCAGGAGGCGCACGACCUCCACCUCUCCUCCCUCCAGCUGGCCAAAAAAGCCUUCGGGGAGUUCAAUGUCCAGACCGCGAAACACUACGGCAACCUGGGCCGGCUCUACCAGUCUAUGCGCAAGUUCAAGGAGGCGGAGGAGAUGCACAUUAAGGCGAUCCAGAUAAAGGAGCAGCUCCUGGGCCAGGAGGACUACGAGGUGGCGCUGUCCGUGGGCCACCUGGCCUCGCUCUACAACUACGACAUGAACCAGUACGACGACGCCGAGAAGCUCUACCUGCGCUCCAUCGCCAUCGGUAAGAAGCUGUUCGGCGAGGGCUACAGUGGACUGGAAUACGAUUACAGGGGCCUGAUUAAACUGUACAACUCUGUGGGGAACUAUGAGAAGGUGUUUGAGUACCACAACAUUCUGUCCAACUGGAACCGCCUGAGGGACCGGCAGUUUGCUGUGGCCGACGCCCUGGAGGACGUCAACACCAGCCCCCAGGCCACCGAGGAGGUGGUGCAGUCCUUCCUGCUGUCGCAGGGACACGCGGCGGGCCACGGCUGCCUGGGCUGACCAGGGCCGCUCACGUGUUCACUGGCGCAUGUGCGUACACGUACACUCAACAGUACACGUGCACACACGCAUACGUACACGUACAUGCACACGUACAUACACAUGCAUGUGCUCACGUACACACAAACAAACACUCAUACAUGAGUACACAUACACACAAAUAUACAUGCAUACGUACGUAUAUACACACGAACAUGCACGCAUACAUACUCAUAUACACAAACGUAUACAUAUAUAAACGUGCAUGCAAACGUACACAUACACGCAUACGUACACACACACACACACAUACUGGACGCACAUGCGCAAACGAACACACACACACUCACCCAACACUCGCUCACACACACACAGACAGACCUACCCACAUGGCCCCGUGGGGCUCAGACCGCAGUGGGACACCUGGUUGCAGGGGAACACAUCGCUGCCCCGUGGGAACCUCCGGACCCACCUCCUCGCCCUCACCAGCAGCCCCCCUUCCCGCCCGACGGCCUGUUUUACUGACCCCCACAUCAGGCACCUCGGCACCGGGAAGCGGACCGCUGGGGCCCUGCCCGUCGACCCCCCCCCACCCGAGGGGACACGUUACACACAUCCGUCAGUUUCAGUGGAGCACCUAAUUUUGCAUGAUUGUAGAGAUGUGCGACUUAACCCUAAUGGACCAGUCUUUCUUUGUUUUUCAACACCUGCUUCUUCUCCAUGGGUUUCAUUUAAAACAAUAUGAAAGCUCUGCCUGGUCCUGAACAAGCACUAGAAAAUUACAUCUAAUUUUACAACUAAAAAAAAAUAAGAAAAGCAAAUCCAUUUGGACCAGUAUGUUACUUUUUCUACUCUAGUGAAUUCUAAUGAAUUCUUUGGACCAGUGGCUUGUACACAUUUGAAAGUGUUUUUUUUUUUUUUUUUUUUCUUCUUUCAUGAGGGGGAAUAAUUUCUGCCUAUUUGUAGUUUUAUGGUGAAUGUAUAUGGCAAUAAUUUCCAAACGUUUUAAAACCAUUGUUUGUCGUCGUGAAGAACCUAAAAAAAAAAAAACCUUAAAAAAAAAACAAAAAAAAAACAAGAAACCGAUGAAGAGUUUUCUUCCCUGGCGUAGGGCCUGUCGCCCCAGCCAGGUUGAGGUGCUAUUGGGGCAGAAAGGGGUUUAUAUUGGGACAGGAAGGGGUUCAUGGAGGGUCUUGUGCGCUCGUUGGCACACCCGCUGGCGGUGUGGUGGAACUGCAAGUGGCGGUUAGCAUUCGGCUCACCUCAGCCAAAGGGCGUGUGGCUCAUUGUAGCAUUGCACGAACGCCACUGCCUCAAAGGUCCCCUCCAAACGAGAAUUGGGAUCUUCUCUUCGCUGGAUGAGAGACCCUCAUCCGCUGCAGACACGGCACUGCAUUGCAUUGCUUGGCACCAACAUCCCAUCCGUACCCUGUUUAGAUGGAGUCAUUAGGUGGGCUGGCAUUUUAAAUACACUUAGGUAGUGAUGAAAUCACGACGAGCCGGAGCAUUGGUCGGAAAAGGUCACAUGGUUAAGGAUUCCAUGGUUACACCCCACCGUUUCUCUGUGUGCGAUAUGCAGGUCUUACUGCGAGCCAGUGCCGCCAUUACAUCCCCAUUUGUACAUCAGCACUCAGUAGGUAUGAUUUUGGUUGUGAAGUAGCCCCUUUUUUUUGUUCCGCGGAAUUGGCUAGCCUUGCCCUGGCUGCAGUGCAGGGGCCAGCGCCGUUCUCUACAACGUUGGCGUCUUUCGGCGGUGAAUGUCGUUCCUGCUGUCCGAAUGCCAGUCCCGGCCUAGGCCGCCGUCUGAAGUCUACGCCGUAGCCUUAAAGGGGACUCGGCCCACGCCCGUCUGGUCGCAUGCGGUUUACAACAGCUCUUAAAAUGGCCGCCGGAGUCUGGGGGCGACACAAAACUCCUUCUUCAACGACGAAAGCUUUGCCAGCCAGGGCUGUUGGCAGGUUCACUCCGUUGGGGAGGCUGGCCUGGUCGCUAUGAGCCACUGUGGGGUGAUUCACUCCACCAUUUUGUAAAGCAAAACAAAAGGGAGAGGUGGCUUGGCCUGUGGGGUUGUUAUGGGGUGAUAUUGGGCCGGCAGGUCUGUGGUAGAGAGUACUGGACCCUGGAGAGGGCAAAUGAGAAGGGAGAAUAGGCAAAGACACAGGGAGAGAUCUUCUAAAAGAAGAUCUAAAUCUCACUUAAAAGUGCAUUUCUAAUUCACUGAUCAGUUUGAAGUUGAGCUUUGAGAAGAGUAGCGCAUAAUUGUGUCUCUCUUCCCCCCCCCCCCCCCCCCCCACCCCCACAUUUAAUAUUUCACAAUAAUCCGUAAUGUUGAAUUAUGCUAAUGUUUGGUUUCUGCAUUCUCUCUGAAUAACAGGCUAGAUAUUUCCUAAUCCACUCACCCAGCAUAACAGCCCAGAAGCGUCACACGAGGACAAUCCUCUCUUAAGGUAGCCCAGACACAUGGGUAAAACCCAGUAUACAUUCACAGCGUGUUCCUCCUCUUUAUUUAUUACAAUGUGAGAAAUGUUGCCCUGAAUGCUUAUUGGUGAAUGUUUAAUUUAAGGGCUUUUUUUUUUGCGUACCUCAAGUGGUAUUUUUGCUUUUUCUGCGUGAAUGAAUCGGGACUGAUCGGGUUCACUGAUGCUGGCCCUACGACGGAGCUGCAUCUUCUGCUGGUCUCAACAGAACCCGUUUGCUUGUUUGCUUGAGUGAAGGAUAAACUUGCUUGUGUUGAAAGUCUGUAAGUGAAUCAGAGCUGUGUAUGAAUUGUUCUUCUGCAAACGCACAUCACGGGGGCGGAUUCGUAUUUCGCGCUGUCCGUUUUUGUCCGGUGACACCUGUGCGGCAGAAGAGUUUACACGCGCUGGCGUUCGAUAUUUUCAAACAGUCCACCCGGUUACACAAGUAUUAAACAAUACCCGACACCUUCAGAACACAAAAGGGUAAUAGUCUUCCUGUCCUGGAAGCGCAAAGAUAUUGUAUACUGUGCCUCUUUAAAUGGGUCGGAGGAUACAUGUCACGGAAAAACUAAAAUGCACUCUAUUUACCUGUAAACAAUUAUUUUUGAACAGUAACACACUGUGCAGUUCUGUAUGGGUGAGCUAUUUGCUUGUUUUUUUGUUUUUUUUUUAAGAUGAGGCUCCCUCCCACACACAGGACUGGGUUUGUGUGCGAGCUGUGGUGUGCAGUGGAAUGACAUUACAGGGUCCUGUUCAGAACGCACAGUGCUCUGGGUACACCACACACAGAAGCUCUCUGGUGACGUGAGAGGCCUUACCGAGUGAUUUUGAAGUGCACACGUCUCCCUGAAGUUGACCCAAAAACGUUUGCAUGGAAGAAAGUGUGUACCACAUAAAAAUUUGUGACAUAUUUUUUCCCCAAAAUAUUUUUCUCUGCUGUACUCUAUGGCUCGUUCAGAGCAAUACAGUGUUCAUUACAAAGACUCGUUUAUUUUGAAGUUCUAUUGCACAUAUUCUGAAAAAGUUCAAUGAGAAUGGAGAAGACUGUUUGAAGAUGACUAGUUUUUAGUCCACGUUAAUACUAAUAUCUUGUGUGAUUAUUUUCCCCAUCAACAUUGUAACAUUGGUGAUUCAGAUUCCCUCAACUGCUGAAGAGAUGCUGGCACAGGGACACACAGAUCUAAGUUGUCGGGCACUAGAGUACCCGCUCCGAAAUCUCCAUUCGUAAUGCCACAGUGAGCUUGUGUGUAGAUAGACUUUGCUACUGUUUUAACUUUUUUUUUUUUUUCUGUUUGCUUGUGUACAAAUGAUUAAUGCAGAUUACAGCAGGACCCUAACUCCAUACAGUCUGCUGUGCAGUGUAACCAUGAGAUCAUAUUAAACUUGUUUGUAACCAACAUUGUGAAUUUCUGUAACUAUUGUUAAAGGAAGAAAUAUGCUAAAUAUAUUAGUCAUACAGA